UGAUGGGUCAUAAUUUAACAUGUAGGUGUAAGUUUUCAACGUUGCAAAUUGAACAAUAAUCCGUUAAAAAUUGACCUGUGUGUCAUUUUUCAAAGGGCUUAAACUUUAAUUGUUACGAAAUUUAUGAUCUUGGUAUUAUUUUGUGUAAACUUAAUUUGAGGUUAUGCCAUGUAAAACUCUUAUAACACAUUGUUAUGUUUUACUAGUUAACUUUUGUUUUGUCGUUUACUGAUUAUAAGCAGGCUUCAGUAAAUACAGUGUCGAUGUUUCAGAGCUAUUCUUGCAAUAAUGGACAUCCUGGCCGUUUAACCUACAGAGAAUGUAGCGGCUGUGGUGGAUCCGGAAAUUCUGGAAAUCCUGGUCGUUUAACCUACGGAGAACGCAGUGAUCGGUAUGACAUGAAGUCUUCUGGACAAAGAGACCGUAAAAACAGACGACAUGCUAUGAGAAAGGGGUCUCGCAAGCGUGACAGCAGCAGUGACAACAACAGUGAUAGCAACAGUGGCAGUGGCAGCGGUAGUGACAACGACAGUGAUAGUGAGAACGAUAAUGAAAACGACAGUGACAGUGAAAGCGAAAGCUAAAGAAAAUUACGUGGCCGAGGGUGACCAUCUUCAUAGAUUCCAAGAAUUCAAAGUGCUUAGAAGCUUUGUCUGAUGUGCACAGUGUUAAGAAUAAAGUUAUGUUAACCGGCUAACUAACGGAGUUUUCACUUAUUUUUCUUAAAUAUAACAAGUUACUUGUAUUGUGGAUAUAUUAAUUAUUGCUGAUUAUUCUCAUUUUUUAUACAAUGUCGACUGAUAUACAAAUAUGUAUAAUAUUGUUGUUGUAUUUUUAACAAAUAAAAUUUAAUAGCAAUUGGUUGAUAUAUGAGAUUAACAUAACUGAUUAUUUAAUUUCGAAAAUAAAUAUUAUUUUCUGGUUAACUUUUGUUAUGAUGGGGGAAAUUUAGCAAAUGAUACAAAUGCAUAAGGCUGAUAAACAAGUUAUUCUAUUCACAGAUACAUUUAGAAUGUUGCAAAAAAGAUCUUAACACAAUAAAUUGAUUGUGUUUUGUUUCAAAUAUAUAUGCAAUUUUGAACGCAUGUUAAUAUAAAUAUUCAAAAUACUGUUUGUUUCAAGCACGAAGUGAAAUCACAAUGACAUUUAAUAUAAUUAUGUGUAAUUUACAGUUGUGGGUAUGAUAAAGUACUGACUUGUGACAUGCAUAUAUCAUCCUAACAUUUGCUUGCUAUAUCGAAGUUAAACGAAGCAAUAAAUAUAAAUCUUAAUAAUGUGUUUGUAAAACUGUAAAUGUGCCAUAAUAUUGCUUUAAUUCAGAUUUAGGUAAAUGACUGUUCAUGCUUUUCUCCGUUCCUGUCUUCAAAAAAGCUAAGAAGCCUGGAAGAUCUUCAUAUAACCCCAUCUUUAUUUCAAUUCUAUUAAAUAAAAUAAAUUUGCAAAUUCUUAA